CAGAAUGGGACGUGACGGUAACUUCCAGUCUUGCCACAAAGCAUUCCUUCUAGUGAAACCCGAACAACUAGCUUCCCACCUGGACGCAGCAGGGCGGAGUGGGCGGGCGCGCUUCCUCCGCUUCCGGGUGGAGGCUGCGCUACGGGCCUACGGUCACGGAGACAGCGGAGCGGCGGCCGCGCCUGCGCCGUGGGAGGGGCGGCUCAGCGCCUACUUCCGGGCGGGGAGCUGCGUGUGCCUGUGCGGUCGUAGUUUGCCCAGUUUCCGGCGAGGUGAACACGGAAGUGCGGGAGCUGAGGCUUUCCAGCUGCUCGGACUGUGGCCCGGCGACUGGUGCAAGAUGGAAAGGGGCGCGGCGGCGGCGGGAGAUGGUCGGAAUGGUCCCUGGGAGCGGCGAGGCUUGGGAGAAGCCGAGAGGCAGCAGCAGAACCAAGUGCGGGCUCGUUCCGGGGCAAACCAGUUUCCAAAGCAGUCCUACUGGUUGGAUCUCUGGCUCUUCAUCCUCUUCGACCUAGUGGUGUUUUUCUUCAUGUAUUUUUUGCCAUGCUCUAGGUAGAAAAUUGAAGCUUUGGAAGAGCCUUUUUCACUCUUAUCAAUAUAAUGGUUUGCCUGAUAUCUAAAUUAAGAAUUUUGGCUCCUGGAGUGGAUUCUGAAAAUGACUACAAACUUCUUGAACAAAGAAGAUAGGAUUGUGCACCAGAAGAAUUUCAAACUCUAAGGGACCUCUCUUUCAUUCUACACAUUCUGUUACUCUCUAGGACUAUAUCCAGUGGGUAAUGAUCUCACUCGUAGCUAAGUUCUUAAAACUUAUUAUUCAAAAGCAAGGGAAGGAUUUUGAAAAAAGGAGUUAGAAGCUGUACAGAAAACACAGGCCCACCACAUAUUGGCUGUUAAGACUCAGUUUAAUUCUUAGAUUAAGUGGACCUCUGUUAUGGUUGUCAGAUUGGUACAAUUUUAGAGAAAUUAUAUAUCCACUAAUGGAAGGCUAGGAUGUGUGUCCUUCUACCUGAUUGCUUCCCCUCACUUCCUUUUUAAGCUCUUGAACCCCCUAAAAUAGGACUGUGUGUUUCAAACCUGUUUUUUAUUAUUGUGAGUGCAUUAAGAACGUUUGUGCCCAAAACAUAAGUUUUUUAAGUGUCUUUAACUUAAAUACUUCAGCAAAGUCAGCAUAUUUACUCAUUCAGCAAAUAUUUGAGCACUUACUGUGGGCCAGGAACAGCAGAGAACAAAACAGGCAGAAGUCUUGCCUUAAGUAUGUUAACAAGAAUUUACAUUCUAGGGGUGAUCAGCUAGUAUUUAAUGUGAAAGAUUCAUACUCCCCAAGCAGCUAUUAUAAGCCCUUCAGAAGCUAUUCCUGUUACCCAACAGAUGUUAGAAAUGGGCUCUUGUCUUUGAAAUUUGUGACAUUUUAUAUAUUGGAAUUGCCUAAAUAUUUCAGGGCUAUUCCCCUCCCUUAGAAACAGAGCAUAGAUCUGGUAAACUCUACAUCCUCUACUUUUUAGAAUGGCAUUUAGGGUUGGUGUGAAAUCCGAAAUUGAUUUUGAAGGAUUUUUAGCCUAAUGCGGUCUGUAAGGUUAACAGUUGUGCCUUCAGAGUAUUCUUGAGUCUGCCUGAAGGGAACUUUUUAUACAAAGGUUGAAGCAUCUAGAGAAACAGAACUGAAUUUUAUUGAGGAUACCAGAUUGUUUUUGUGCUGCUUGCUAAUAAUUUUGUCCAAUAAAUGUUUAUUGGACAGGUGAA